AUGCCCAUCCCGACCGCAGACGUCUACGACAAAGAGCAACAACAAAUCGCUCAAAACCAACCCUCCUCUAACACCUCGUCCUUCGAGAACAACGGCAGCAACGAGUACCGCGAUGAAUCUGGCUCUUCGUCUGCGGGUAGCACUGAAGGCGAGCGGGUGCUGAGUAGGGAGGAGGCGGAUCGAUUGUAUGAGGAGCGGAUGGAGGAGGAAUAUGCGAAAAGAGACGGAGGUGCUUAA